CCCAGCCUUUGCCCCGCUGAGCUCCGCGCAUGCGCGCUGCGCACCCACGCCGUACGGCGGAAGUGCGUCCGCGUCGGGGGAACGCUUUGUGCGGAGGACCGACCGGAAGUGCUCCCUCCGCUAACCGGAAGUGGAGGCGGGGGGACGGCGGUGGGCGCUGCACCGGGGCGGUGGCGGCGGCGAGAGCUGCCCGGCCCGGCCCGGCCCUUUCCGCCCCCCGCCCCCUUCUUCCCCGCAACGGGGCCUCGGCACCGACCGGGACCCCCCGCACCCGCCUCGGGGCAGCCCUCCGCCCGCGUGAAACCAUGGCGGAGGCGGCGGACAGCGGCGGCUGCGGCACCGCCACCGUCACCGAGACCGGCGGCGCCGAACCGGAGAACCGCAGCCUGACCCUGAAGCUGCGCAAGCGGAAGCCGGACAAGAAAGUGGAGUGGUCGAGUGACACCGUGGACAACGAGCACCUGGGCCGUCGCUCCUCCAAGUGCUGCUGUAUCUACGAGAAGCCGCGGGCGUUCGGGGAGAGCUCGACGGAGAGCGAGGAGGAGGAGGAAGAGGAGGAGGAAGAGGGGGGAACGCGGGGAGGGGACGAAGGCUGCGGGCACCUCCACUGCGUGCGGGGACAUAAAAGGGGACGGGGACGGCGGCGAGGGGGGGGGACAGCUGCGGGGGGGGCAACACCGGGGGGGCCCCAAGCGCUGCCCCCGGCCCCGAUGGAGCACUGAGGAACCCCCUAUGGAGGCUCUCGCUCCCCCCCCCC